CCCGAAAGUACCGUUAUCUUUUUACAAUCCAACGGACACAAUUCACUUGAAGCUCCUCGAGAAAAUCUUGAUAGUCCAAUCAAACAUUCCAACUUAUUCAAUUCAAUUUUCAAAAUCUCGAGAGGGAGAAAGAGCUGUCACUACCAGAGUCUUCCCCAGGACACACUUCCUCCGGCAACACCACAAUAAAUUCAGUUUUCCUUUCAUACUCUCCUUCUCUUACAUAAUUACAUAAUAAAUGCUGUUUCAUUCCUUUUGCCCUUCUUGCAAUUCGUAAGGCACGAGAAUUUAUGGACUCUCACGCAUCGCCCUUUCACUUCGAAGCCUUUUUCCUCAAGUUUCGGGAACGCAACUCGAAGCAGAGGGUCGUUCAGAAUAACAUCAUUGCCAAUUGCACCGCUGUUUGGUGAGAUCGGUUUCUGAUCACUGUUCAGAUGGAACCGAGGGAAACGAUGUCGGAUUCAAUUCCGCAGAAAUUGGCCAGAGAAUUAGAUUUUACCGUCGUUUGCAGAGAUAAUCCGCACCUGAAACUGCCUCCUCCGUCACCACCACCGCCGCAUUCACUUCUGCCGCUCUCAUCGCAUCUUCCGUUGCAGUUAAAUUUGCAGACACCGGGGCAACGGCCAUGGUUAUGUUCGGAGCCACAGGAGCAACAGCCCUGGCUACAUUCACCGGGAUCAAAGCUAGUUUUGCCGGUUCGUCAAUUUCCGCAGCCGGUGCAGAAUCUUCCAGUUAAGGUGUUGCCAGUGGUGAAGUCAGAGUCUCCUAUAUCACAACCUCGAAUUAAUGUGGAAUUAAAGGACACGACACCAAAGAAACAGAAACAAUGUAACUGCAAAAAUUCUAGAUGCCUCAAAUUGUACUGUGAGUGUUUUGCAGCUGGGAUCUAUUGUGAUGGUUGCAACUGUGUAAAUUGUCACAAUAAUGUGGAUAAUGAGGCUGCCAGACAGGAGGCAGUUGGAAUAACAUUGGAAAGAAACCCAAAUGCUUUCAGACCAAAAAUUGCUAGCAGUCCGCAAGAACAACGAAAUUUCAAGGAAAGUGAAGCUCAAGUUAUAGGAAAGCACAAUAAAGGAUGUCACUGCAAGAAAUCUGGUUGCCUUAAGAAGUAUUGUGAGUGCUUCCAAGCCAAUAUCCUCUGCUCUGAAAAUUGUAAAUGCAUGGACUGCAAGAAUUUUGAAGGAAGUACGGAAAGAAGAGCAAUUUUUCACAGAGAGUAUAAUCUAGUUCACAUCGAACAGGGAAUUAAUGUUGCUGUAACCGAAGUCCUUGGAUCAUCUGGCUAUAGAAACCCUAUAACACCGAAGAGGAGAAAAAUUCAAGAAACGUUUUCUGGAAAGUUAGCUGUGGAUCAAACUGUUAACACAACUGCCCAAUACCUACAGGAAACUGAUCGAAUGGCUUCCUCAUCUUCAAAUCUGUCAUAUUCCUUUGUUUCUGACCAUGUCAACACAAGAAUUUCAGGGUUUUCAAGGUCUAUGUACCGGUCGGUAUUGGCAGAUGUCCUCCAGCCACAAAAUGUGAAGAAUCUCUGCUCACUUUUUGUUAUUCUCUCACGAGUAUCUGCAAAGAUUGAUGCAGAAACGGAAGGGAAAAUAGAUCGACAAACAAAAGCUGGGAACUCUAAAGCUUCCGUUGCUUCAUCAGCUAAAUCGCUACAGCAAACUAAAGAUGGUCGCCAGCCCGUUUGUGAUGGUCACGUGAAUAAAGCUGUGGCAGAUGCAGUUGAUAUUGCAAAUUAUAAUAGGCCAUUGUCACCAGAAACACUGGCAUUGAUGUGUGAUGAACAGGCCAACAUGUUUUUUGGAAAUACUUCUGCCGAUGGAGCUGCAUAUCAAAACAUGAUUCAAAAGUCAUUAAAUUCUGAUGGAAGCUCUGAUGCUGCUUACGGAGAGCAGGAAAGGCUUAUAAUGACCAAACUCUUGGAUGUUCUUCGCGAACUCGUUACUCUUGGUAGCAUAAAAGAAACGUGCUAUUAUUCGUCGACCAAGAAAGAACCCGCAGACCACGGCAAUAUUGGGGCUGAAACUGGCGUUGGAAGUGAAAAGAGAAAUAGUAGCAAUUGCAUUGCAAAUUACCCCAUCCCAUCGGUUACUAAAAUAUCCCAAACAUUUAUGCCAUAACUAAUGGACAUGUUUAUUACUGAUUUUUCGUUGACCAGUGAAAAAAGUUGCCAGUGUCCGUGCACCAGCCAGGAAUUUCUGGCAUUGAUGUGCAUUUAUUUCCCUGCUUUAAAUUAAAAGGUUACUCAGAAUUAUAGUUGUCUAA